GCGGCCCCGAGGGUGGCCGCGGCGCGAGAGCAUGUCAACCUACGAGGAGCGUCGGCCGGUGUCGCGACUGCUGGUGAGUUUCGACGGCGAUGAGUGGACGCAUGAGAGGAUCUUGCUGCGGCCAGUCCACCGCGAUCGACGACACGAGUGCUGUGUGAUCGAGACCCCAGAUGGCGACCGCUAUGUGGAGCGGGAGGCUGACCGGCGCUGGCAUGUCUCGCUGCUGCACGGCUUUCCAGAGGGUUUCAGCGGCAACGCGGAGCGCCGACGCCGUCGGCCGCCACGGGACCUCGGCGCGCACUUGGGCGUGGAGCCGCGGUCGAUGGUGGACUGGCACGGCGACGAGCGCGGCCUGGACGUCGACGCGCUGGAGGCUGCGAGGCGACGGCCGCGCGGCAAGCGGCCGCUGGCGGCCGGCGCGCGGGAGCCCGAGGCGGACGUCGUCGCGGGUUCGAGGGUGAUCGGCCGUCGGUCGGACGGCCGCCCCGUGCUGCGCGAGCGCGCGAGCCUCGCGGCCGCGGAGGGGCGGCGGGCCCAUUGGCGCGCCAACGCUGGCCGCCUGGCCGCGUCGGCGGACGAGCCGGCCGCCCCGCCCCCCGCGGAUGAUCGUGGCCCUGCUGAUCUCCGCGCUGUCCUGCGCAAGGCCCCCCGUGGCGAGGUGGCGUGCACCGACGCGCCCCGAGAGGGCGGCGCUGCUGCCCAUCCAGAGGGCGCCCGGACGCUCGCCGCGGAGUGGAAUGAGCAGGGCGCCCGCUUCAGGCACGGCGGGGAUCUCAAGACGUGGACGUCCACCUUCUGCCGGGGGCGUGGCAUCAGUCAGCGGGGUCGGACCUAUCAUGAGUUGAACUGUCUGGUCGCCAUCUUCCGGCUGGCCGGGACGUCCGGCGCAGUGAACCUCGGCAGCCCGGCUUCUCUCGAGGCUGCGGCCCGCCGAGUGGCGCAGAUCAUUGAGGCGCGCGGGGUCGCGCCUGGGCAGCCCGCGGCGCGGGAGGCAGCUCGCUUCCUGGCGGGGGCGAGCGACCCCUUCGACGCCGCGUCGCCCGAGCUCCGCACGUUCGCGAACCGCGCUGCCCGCGACGAGGCCGACCGCCUGGCCGCUGGGUCGCGGGCUGACGCCAGCGGUGCCAAGACUUGCUGGACAGCGAUGCUCCAGGGCGGUACCGUGGCAACGCCGCUCUACCUAAGCUCGGAGGGCAAGAAGGGGAUCGCCUUGCGGUAUACCGCCGCGGUCCGCACAGGGCAAACUCCCACAACUAUUGUUUGCAUUUUCGUUUUCGCCGGUGGCCCCGUCGGGGUCGGCAGGCUUGAGAUCUUGGCGGCCGUGGCCGCGCUGCCCGUUCACCAGCCGUUCGGCGCGAUCGCCGUCGUGACCGCGGGCAAGAAAGCCCAGGGGGAGACGAAGAUCACAGUGGUCAAGCUGUGGAUCGAAGGGAUGCCCGAAUACAUGCACAAUAUGACCCUCAAUGUCCCUGGCCCCACGCAGAUCCAAUUCUGCAAGAACGCGGGGUGCACCAAGUUUCCCCAGUUCGACGUGAGCUCGGUGCACGCACGGUCAAUCCCGCCUCCUGGGUUCACGGCUAAUGUCAAGGACGUCGUCUUCGUGGGUAAUGUUGGCGGCGAGGUCCAGACCUUCCAGCCAGCGGCGCCUGUGGCGCCGGUGGCUUCGGCGAAGGAUGACGGGUACCAGUCGCCAGCUGCGGCCACGGAGGCUCCAACCAUGCCUGCGGCCAACGCGGCCAACGACGCGGUGCUCCCGCACCGUGCUCCUGGCCCCCAGCCUGCUCCUGAGGUGACUCCUCAAAAGAGGGCCAUCCACGACCCCGUGGACUUGACCGCCGACGCUGAUGGCCCAGACUCAGGUGCUGCUAUGCCGCCGCCAGUGAAGUCGAGUAGGGUUGGUGAUGCUAUGAGUGGCAACAAGGUCCAGGAGCCCCUCGCGAUCUCGCCGUUCACCGACGCGCUGGAGGGGUUGGGCGCAGGCUCGGCCAGCAGUGGCAGCGGCGCGAAGAGCUUCGCGGCGGCGGCGGACUCGGUGGGCAGUCUUGCUGAUCUGACCGGUGGCAUGAGCGAUGCGCUGGUGGGCGGCCCAGACGACGGCUGGAACCUUGACGGCACGCAGCUGCCGAUGGGCUACGGCGACCACGGGCAGCUGCUGGACUUGCCCGAAGUUUCGAAGCUCGGUGUCGCCACCUACCUUCGAGACGUCGAGGUUCAGCACCUCGACCUCUCGAAGGCUUUGGAGAGGGCCGCGGCCCAACGGAAACUGAACACCGAUGUCGAAUCGAUGCCUGCUGUGAACCACGAGAUCCAGAACCGCGUCGAGAACGCACUGGCUGCGAUGUAUGCGAACCCCAUCUUCGAGAAUAUAAUGCACCAGGUCAUCGAAAACCAGAUUUCCUUCCACUUCAACAAGCCCACGUCCGAGUUCCCCCCCCCCCCGGUGGCGAUAGCGUUCAACGACGACAACGCCAAGGGGCCCGGGAAGGAGAAGGGCCGCAUGCAGUGUGUUAGCACGGAGGAGACGAGGUGCGCCCUGAUCCUGAGCAUCGCGCAAUCGAUCCAGGACCUGAGCCGCGCGAACGCGCAGCUGAUCUUCGAAAUUAACUCCUUCAAGCUCAAGCGCUCACCGUCUGGAGACAAGCCCUCUGCCAUGAACAUUCGCAAUGACAUCCUGGCCUUAGAGGCCAAGUAUGGUCGGAUAUCCCCCCUGGAUGCGAUGAGCAAGCUCCAGAGUCGAUAUCCGCAGGAUGAGUUGUCGUGGACCGUGCAGGCCAUCAGAUACACCCUCGCGAAGGGCUACUUUACCCUGGGCGAUAUGACUCAGACCUGGCUCGCCGGCAAAUCGAAUGGCGAUAGAGGCUUCAUCGACGCGUCCACCCUGAAGAAACCCAUGCUGGACUACAUCGCCUGCACUUUCGGCCCCGCGAACGACGUCGGCGACGCCACCAUGGACAUCCUCAAGAAGUUCACCAAGGGCGCGCUCACCUACAACGAGGUGGCGACGGAGGCCACCGACGUGAUUGGCACCUUGUCCGACGCCCAGAAGCUGGUCAUCCGCGCAGUCGAGAAGCUGGUGUUCAAUUGGGAUUUCGUCAUCGAAGGCAAGUACAAGGCCGCUGCGAGGGCGGGCAAGCCGAUCCUCGAGGUUGUGGACGACCAGUUCGUCAAGGAUGUCCUCGACCCCGUGGUCGAGAAGCUCAAGCAGGAGCGCAUCUCCGCGGGCGCGAGCCGCGUCCUUGAGCAGCCAACGUGCCCAGCGACGCCGUCAUUGUUUUUGUUGGACGAGUUGCUCGGAACAAGUGGGGGGGCCGUGAAGGAGGUAGAGGCGAUGUCUGUCGAGAAGAAGACGCUGUGGCAGGAUGACCCCGAGGGCAAGCUGAAAGAGUUCCGCGACCUGGCGGCGCAACAUGUCAAAGAGCAAGUCCGCCUCCUCGAGGAAGGGCAGACGGCUUCGCAGCGCGCCCAAGUUUUCUCGGAGACAGCGGUCGGCAAGCUUCGCGGCGAGCCCGGUAACUACAUCUGCAUCCUGUACCAGCCUCCUUUCGCUGCAGAGCCAGUCACUCACCCGCGCCUGAGAGUGGCGCCGCUGAAGACCGAACAUUUGACGAAGAUGACGCGUGCUAUUCUGAUGUCGCGGAACCCGGAUCUCACCUUCACCGAGGAUACCGUCUUGCACCCAGGGGAUGCCUACAUCGUAUCGGACGGUUGUCGCCACGGAAACGAGCAGCACCUUCUGUCAGGAUUCAAGGGCGACAAGGGGCGGCAGCUGAAGAAGGAGAAGUGCACGACCUACGUGAUGUAUGACGAGGACUCGGUGAAGGCCCGCCGCGGCAAGGUCCGCACGACCCUCGACCAGCUGGAGUUCUUCUACACGAUUACAGCGACUGACCGCGUUGUCAGAGAUUCGGCGCGACUUCACUACUCGGGAACUACGAUAGGAAACACUAUUGGACCCGUGGCUCUUCCCCCAUUGUCGAAGAUGUGGAGCUUGUCUUUCAAGGAGAAAAAGGAGAUCUACUCGUCACGGCGAUGCGAGGUCGGUGGGCAGACGCCCGGGAUCACCGACGACAACAAGCCUGCCAAGGUCCUGGACGAUGAUAUCCAGCCAGUGACGUGGCACGGUCAGCCCAAGAGCCUCUACGCUGAGUUGGGCCAUACGCUGAAGGCUAAAGCAUUCGUGAACCUCACGUCUAUCGACGACGUGCUCGCGGAGCACUGCAUCGAGAACAACAUUCCCUACGUGGGCUUCGUCUUCAACGAGUGCCACCGCAAGGCUCUCGAGACGCGCCUGGCCCAGCGCACCUUCGGCCUGAUGCAAGAUGAGAACAGCCCGCUCUACCAGCCGAAACUGUGCACGCCCCUCGGGAAGAGGCCCAAGUUGAAGCUUGAGACACCUGCGAAGGACAAGGAUGCGAAGCCCAAGCCCGGGGGAGAUGUGACGCCCAGGCCUAAGCCCGGGAAGGAUGGGAAGGAUGUGGUGCCGAAGGCUAAGGCGAAGGCUGAUGCUAAGAAGAAGGCCGCGGCGAAGAAGGCGGCGCUGGUCGCCAAGCUCAAGAGGACGCAGGACGCGGAGGAUCCAGAUUUGGACUUGGUCGAGCGCCUCGCCGUGGGGGGCAUUUGUUCUGGAAUGGGCACCGACAUCAUGGCGCUCGAGGCCGUCGUCGGCGCGGGCUACGCAGCCAGGCACAUCAAGCACGCAUUCUUCUGCGAGAGCGACCCCGGGGCAAUUGAGUUUCUCAGGGCAAACUUUCGCCAGCCAGUGACGUUCUUUACUGAUGUGAAGAUCCUCAACACCCGCAUCCACGGGGGCUUGCCCCUGAACCGAGAGCGGGUGUACAUAGUCGGAGUCGACCGCGAGGAAGCCAAGAGCGCGGGGUGGACCGGUAUGAAUUGGCCAGAGACGAUCCCGAUGGCAUCCCUGAAAAGCAUCCUGAAGAGCCCGAAAGCCAAACCUGGGGCCCCUCUGAAGUGCCCAAAGUCAGAAGGUCUCAAGCUUAGAGUCAAGACUGCGGUGCACGAAGCUCGCGCUGCGGGCCUGGACCCCCUGACCGACCCCAUCGUCGUGGACUACCACGGCUGCAGAGACCACUGGUCUUACGGAUACACCCUGUGCAUUGCGGCUUCCCGGGGGGCUGGCAAGGGCUAUUGGAUCGCAACGAACAACCAGGGCCCGAUCACAGUCCCCGACAUGCUCCGUUUGCAAGGCAUGGCCCCCUCGCGCAUUAAGCAGACCAUCCCAGAUUCGGCCAUGGGGUCGCGACGGUCGCGGGCGCAAGACGAGGCCCGGCGACGCGGCGGCCGCCGCCCCGUCGAAAUGACAGGCGCGGGGCCGGGGGCGAGGCCGCCCCCUGGCCUCGAGGCAGAGGCCGCGCGCGGCGGGCGGAUCUUGCCUCUGCCGCAGCUGCGCGAGCUGAACGCCGACAUCGCAGCCCUGCUUGCUCGACGAGAUCGGGCUCGGGCGAGGCGGUUGGCAAAUGACGGUCUGGCUAGCUUGAAUUGGUUGCACGGCGCUGGGCGACUGCCUCCAUCUGGGCCGCCCAGCUGGGCCACGCGGCGCCACGUGGCGGAGCUGCAGGACGAGACGCAGCGGCGGGCGCAGAAUCUGGCGGCGAGCUGGGGCGGGCCUGCCUGCGCGGGGAUUCGCAGCAACGUCUGGCGCGACUGCUCCGGUGCCGAGGUGGGCAUCUUCUCCGCGAAAAAGAAGGGCGACCGCCAGCGGCUGAAGCUGGACGGCCGCCCGGCGAAUCGCACGUUCAUGAGCCCGCCCGGGGUCGACCUUGUCAGCGGCGACGGCCUGAGCCGCAUCAAGAGGUCGGCGCCGCGCGGCCCCGAGCUAGGCGAGGAGCUGGAUGGCGCCAUGGCUGACCUGGGCACUUGGCUGGGGGCGAGCGACGCGGAAGCGCCGCGGGCCGCGGGGCUGGGCCUGGCGCGGCUGGACGGGGCGGCGCUGGGCGGCGACACGCUGGCGCGCCCUCUGGCGCGCGCGCUGCCCACGGGCUGGGCCUGGUCGUUGUACUUCGCACAGGCGACCAACGCGCGCCGCAUGAUGCUGCUGCGCGAGCUGGCAAGCACUGCGCUGGAGGCGGCGGCGACCUCCUUCGGCGGCGCGGGCCUCGAGGUGCACGAGACCUCCCUGGCCAACGCUGGCGGCGAGGCAUUGGACGUGCAGCUCGACGGUCACGGAGGUUGCGCGCGGCCCGCGCCCACCAGGUUUCGGCGAGCCCGAGGCGCCGCGCAGGCGCUGCCGCGGCGGCGCGCGGCGAGCGGGCGCGAGCUGGAGAUCGUCAUCGGCAGAUUCACUUUAAAGUUCCUGGGCCCGGUGCGACGGGGGAGCCCGGGCUGCUUCCGCCGCAUCUACCGCGCCAUCCAGCGGCACUGCUUCGGGAGGGUCGCGCCGUGGCGUGCACCAGUCCGACCCGACGCGUCGCUCGCGGGCUUCGGCCUGGCCAACUCGCGGUGGGACCCUCGCAACGUCGGCCCCGUUGGCCGCGCGCGCGAGCGGUCCCGCUAUCGCCUCGGCGCGGGGGUUGCGCGACGGCACGCUGUGGAAGCCGCUGGCCUGGAGCUGCUGGCGGGCGGUGGCAUCGCCGCGCCCGCGGCCCUUGCGCCCGAGAUCCCCGAGGGGGAGGCCGCGCGCUGGAGCCGGGGCCCCACGUUUGAGGAGGCGCCGGCGGAGCUGCUUCACGCCGACCAUCGGCGGGCGGCCCUGGCCGGCCAGUGGGCCUUCGAGGAGGAGACCCUCCACUUCGAGGGCCGCGCGCUGAUCAAGGACGCGCACGCUGAGCAGGACAGCUCGCGGCGGGCUGGACCGCCGGGCGAGCGCGGGCGCGGCGCCGCCGCCGGCGGGGCUCGAGCAUUCCUCCUCGAUGGAGCGGGGGCCGCUGCGACCCUGCUCGCCGGCGCCAAGGCCGCGGCCACGACCGCCGCUGCCGCCGGGGACGACAGCGAGAGCAGCCGGGAGGGAAAUCUGCCAGGCCGCGGGCCCACCCGCGCCGACGCCCGCCGCGCGGCGGCGCGCGCGCGGCGCAUGGCCAGAGGAACAUUGCUGCCUGGGCAGACGUACCUGGAGGCCCACAGCGCGAAGGCGGCGACCAGGGCGCGCUACCAUAUGCACGUGGACGAGCUGAUCAGCUUCGCGGACCAGCGCGGCGCGCCGCUCGCCGAGGAUGCCGAGGUCGACGACUGCAUCGCCAAGUGGAUGAACGCGGAAUUCAGCGAGGGUCGCCGGGCGUGGCGCGGCGAGAGCAUGCUGGCGGCUGCGAUGUUCAUGUCCCCAGGGUUCAGCCGCAACGGAGGGCGACGGCUGCCGCGGACUCAUCGGCGCCUGCGUGGAUGGCGACUGCCGAGCCUGCCGAUGAGCCGAACACCGCCCCCUUGGCCCACGUUGGCGGCGCAGUCCCUGCAGCUGGUUCGUCACGGCCGCGGGCUGGCGGCGAUCGCGGCGCUGGCGACGGUCGAGGCGCACCUCCGUCCGUCGGAGCUGCGUUCGCUGAGGCGCCGCUCACCGCUGCCGCCAGCCGCUGGCGGGCUGACCUGGCGGGGCCGCCUGCCGCCCCAGAGCAGCGCCAGCGCGAUGCGAAGCAAGGCGGGCGAGGUGCCCAGGGGCGAGCGCCUUUUUCCUGGGGAUUACAGCCAGUUCCAUCAGAUGUUCGCGCAGGCCGCGGCGGCGCUGAAUGCCAGGACGGCGCCCGACCAGGGCCGACGCAGCAGCAUCUCCAUUGAGCGAGCUCAUCGCGAGAGGAGCUUAGACGAGCGCGCGAG